CAAAUAUCGAAUAUCUACUUAUUUUUUGCUAGUAUUUCAAAAUGAAUUCGUCUUUUUAUAAAGUAUCUUUAUUGUGCGUGAUUUAUUUCGCGAUUGGUUGUCUGGCAGAAAUAUCUAAUGAUAUUGAAUAUCCAAACAGGAAUAAUUUACCUAAACCUGUGAAUUAUUUCAAUUACCCUUCGAAUGAAGAAUCACCGGUUCAGAAUUCUGAAAAACAUCCUGGUGCCAGGUUCACGUACCCGACUGGUGCCACUUUAGAGGGAUACGGACCUCACGUCUUAGGCCACGGAUUAUACCCACUGAAAUUCGACAUCGGCGGUUUACUUCUAGGAGCCAUGUUCGGACUCGGCGCAUUGCUCUUCAUUCCAAAACUAAUACAUAUUUUAAUUCCAGAAUUAGCAGCCUACGGUCAUUACGCAGCUACACCUUUCGGAAGAAACGUCGACGAUUUACCUCAAGGUGCAAGCCAAAUCGUAUCUCAGUUCGAUAAAAUAAUGUCAGAUUAUAACAUUAAUUCUUCGGAGUGCAUGCAGAAGGCAAUCUGUUCUUAUAUUCAAUCAUCUCGCAGUCGAAAUAGCCGAGCUGAGAAUCUCGAUAAUAAUAAUGUGGCUGAUAAUACGAUAAGUGACAGUUUAAUCGGUUUCUUAAUCGAUGGUUCGAAAUUCAAAUCAGCUAUCGAUAAUGGUAAACAAGAUGUCAGUUGUAGUGCACUGUAUCCGAAAUGCCCGUUCAAUCAGAACAGUAUCAGCAAUGGAAUCAAAGAACUUUUGCUUCACAAUAAUACAUCUGCAGGAAGUCAUCGAUAGUUGAAUGAAAGUGAUUCGUUUUCUUUCUUAUGAGUUAUGUUAGUUUUCAGGCUUGUGUGAAUAUUCUAUUAGGUAUUUUAUUUAUACUGUAAUUUUAGAUGCUUUUAAUGUAACUGCGGAAUCAUUACGAAAAGUGUACAUUUGAAAAGAAAUUGCGGUUGUUAUACAAACGCAGCAUUUAAU